AUGGAGCGAGGGGCAGAGCCGGGGGUCCCAGGUCCCCGGGGUGCUGAGGAGACCCCGAGAGACGCCCGCACAGGUGAUGGGCCGGCAAGCGAGGCCGAGGAGGCGGAUCCCCAGCCGGAAAGGCACGUGCGAGCGGGACCACACAGGAUCGUACCGGGACAGCCCCAGGAGAGUGAUCCGCCCAGCCCGGGUGCCUGCGAGAGCCAGCGGCAAAACCCUGCUGGGGAGAGAGACGCAGACCCGGCUCCCUGCGGGGCAAGCGAGGGGCUGAACGAAUCCACGAUCCGGGCGGUGGGGACGCCCCGUGGCUCUGUCCUGGCUCCCCGCGUGGCAGGCGACGAGGGGCUGAACGAAUCCAUGAUCCGGGCGGUGGGGACGCCCCACAGCUCUGUCCCGGCUCCCCGCGGGGCAGGUGACGAGGGGAUGAACGAAUCCACGAUCCUGGCGGUGGGGACGCCCCACAGCUCUGCCCUGGCUCCCCGCGGGGCAGGCGAGGGACUGAAUGAAUCCACGAUCCAGGCGGCAGGGACGCCCCGUGGCUCUGUCCCGGCUUCCCAUGGGGCAGACAAGGGGCUGAACGAAUCCACGAUCCGGGUGGUGGGGACGCCCCGUGGCUCUGUCCUGGCUCCCCACGGGGCAGGUGAGGGGCUGAACGAAUCCACAAUCCGGGUGGCAGGGACGCCCCGUGGCUCUGUCCCGGCACCCCAGCCGGGGAUCGGCGCCCCAGCGAGAGCUCCCGGGCCCCCGGCCCCCGGGCGGCAGUACGCCUGCCCCGAGUGCGGCCGGGCCUUCGGGCAGAGCUCCCACCUGACGCAGCACCUGCGGAUCCACACGGGCGAGCGGCCCUACGUCUGCUCCGACUGCGGCCGGGCCUUCAGCGCCAGCUCCAACUUCCUGGCGCACCGGCGCACCCACACGGGCGAGAAGCCCUACGACUGCUCCGUGUGCGGGCGCAGCUUCCGCGCCAGCUCCACCCUGCAGCGGCACCGGCGCCUGCACACUGGCGAGCGCCCCUACCGCUGCGGGCACUGCGGCCGCACCUUCUCCCAGAGCUCCUCGCUGGCCAAGCACCGGCGCCUGCACACCGGCGAGCGGCCCUACCGCUGCGGGCAGUGCGGGGAGGCCUUCGCAGUGCAGUCGGGGCUGGCCGCCCACCGGAGCCGGCACACGGGCGAGCGCCCCUUCGCCUGCCCCGACUGCGGCAAGGGCUUCCGGCGCAGCUCCGAUCUGGUGCAGCACCAGCGCGCCCACACCGGGGAGCGGCCCUUCCGCUGCGGCCAGUGCGGCGAGCGGUUCUCCCGCAGCUCCAACCUGGUGGCCCACCAGCGGAUCCACGCGGGCGACAAGCCGUUCCGGUGCCCGGAGUGCGGGCGCGGCUUCCUGCGGGGCUCCAACCUGCGGACGCACCGGCGGCUGCACACGGGCGAGCGCCCCUACCCCUGCCCUGAGUGCGGCAAGCGCUUCGGCGACACCUCUGUGCUGGUCAAGCACCAGCGCAUCCACACGGGCGAGCGCCCCCACCGCUGCCCCGACUGCCCCCGCCGCUUCAGCCAGGCCUCGGACCUGGUGGCCCACCGGCGGGUGCACACGGGCGAGAAGCCCUACGUCUGCGCCGAGUGCGGGCGCGGCUUCAGCCGCAGCUCCAACCUGCUGACGCACCGGCGGCUGCACCGCGGCGAGCGCCCCUACCCCUGCCCCCAGUGCGGCAAGAGCUUCGGCCAGAGCUCGGACCUGCUGCAGCACCAGCGCACCCACACCGGCGAGCGCCCCUUCGCCUGCGCCCAGUGCGGCAAGGCCUUCAGCAAGGGCUCGACCCUCACCGGGCACCAGCGCAUCCACACGGGCGAGCGGCCCUUCGCCUGCCCCGCCUGCUGCAAGCGCUUCCGCCACAGCUCCCACCUCACCGCCCACCUGCGGGUGCACGCCCGGGAGCGGCCGCUGUGA